AUGGCAGCAGACAUCCUGACAAAGCGCGGCUUGCGCGUGCUCGUCAGUGGAGCCGGGAUUGCGGGACCAACUCUGGCAUGGUUCCUCGCUCGCUCCGGAGCGCGCGUGACGGUGGUGGAGCGAUCGCCGCAGCUGCUGUCGCAAGGCCAGAAUAUCGACCUGCGCGGCACUGCGCUCAACAUUGUGCAUCGCAUGGGCAUACUCGACGCCAUCCGCCGCUGCACCACCACGGAGAAAGGCACCGCGUUUGUCGACCAACACGACCGCGCCUUUGCCACGUUCCCCGUCGGCGAAUCUGCAAGCGUGCUGACCGCCGAGUACGAGAUCCUUCGAAGCGACCUGGCCAACAUCCUCUACCAAGCUGCGGUGCAGCAGCCGGGUGUAGACUUUCGUUUCGGCACGACGAUCGAGCGUGUGGCGGAGAAUGGCGAUUCUGCAGUGCGGGUCGAACUAAGUAGUGGCGAGGAGGAGGAGUCUGAUGUGUUGGUGUUGGCGGAUGGGCAGUGGUCCACAUUGCGCAAACAGGUGUUUGGCACCGAUGGGCUCGAGGUGGUGGACAAGAACUGCUUCUUCGUCUACUUUAGAGUAUCGCGCACCGAAGAGGACGACGACUAUGCACGCGUAUAUAUGGCGCCGCCCGCGCGCAUGGUCAUCACGCGACCCGACAACCACGGCACCACGCGCGCGCUGCUCAGCAUCCGACCCGGCAGCGCUGCACAGAAGCAGCAGUGGGAAGCAGCCAGCAGGAGCCGCGAUAGGAGCGUGCAGGUCGCGCUCAUCAAGUCAGCCUUUAGCGAUGUUGGAUGGAAGGUUCCGCGUCUGCUGCGUGGCAUCGAUACUGCUGAUGAUCUUUUCUUUCAGUCGAUCCAACAAAUUCGCAUGACCAAAUGGCACCGCAAUCGCAUCGUGUGUUUGGGCGAUACCGCCUAUGCGCCCACGCCGUUUACGGGCAUGGGCACCUCGCUCGCCAUCGACGGCGCCUACCUCCUCGCCGGCCACCUCUCCCAGCUCGAGCCAGGCCAACGUCCCGCACUUGCGUUUGACAGGUACGACCACCAAUUUCGUCCGUUUGUCGUGCACAAGCAGACGCUUCCCUUCUACGUUCCCGCCAUCCGCCACCCGAAAAAUGCGGUUUCCAAAUGGGCGGCCGAGUCGUACUUUGCAGCCAGGGCUCGCAUGGCUCGCAUGCCCUGGGCCGUCAAGCGUUCCGCCGAAACGCACGCAGCGCGCGAUCGCGAUCUUGUCGCCGACAUCGACGCCCCCUUUCCGAGCUUUCCGGCUUUCGAACGAGCGUGA